AUACAUAAUAUUUGUUUGCUAGAUCUGUACAACUUGAUACCUAUUCAACGGCAAGGAUGCUGCAAGCAAACUGUUGAAAGACACACAUAAUGCUUUCCUGUUUCUCCACACGCCUUCAAAACACAUUGUGUAGUAACCAUAUCCCCAGGGCACCUGUAAGGAGAAUCCUUGUACAACGACGACUUAUGGGGUCGGCUAUUGAUGCCGCUGCUGCUGGUGACCCGAAUAACGCCUACAUUGACAGAACCUUGACGGUGCAUGGAGCGCAAGAGGGCUCCCUGAAGGGGCUCAAAUUUGCGGCCAAAGACCUCUUCGAUGUCGCGGGGCAUCGCACCGGUUUCGGCAAUCCCGUUUGGUUAGACACUCAUCCGCCUGCCACGCGCACAGCCCCUGCAGUACAGACCCUCUUAGAUGCGGGCGCCACCUUGUACGGCAAGACCCACAUGGACGAGCUGGCGUACAGUCUGAACGGGGAAAACGCGCACUACGGCACGCCGGUCAACCCUGCAGCGCCGGGGCGCAUUCCUGGUGGCUCGUCAUCUGGGUCGGCUGUGGCGGUCGCGGCUGGUGACGUGCCGCUAGCUCUGGGCAGCGACACGGGCGGCUCCGUACGGGUGCCUGCGUCGUACUGCGGACUGCUGGGCAUACGGCCCACCUGGGGGCGCAUCAGCCUGGAGGGGCUGAGGCCGCUGGCGCCCUCCUUUGACACCGUUGGAUGGUUUGCCAAAGAUCCGGGGGUGCUAAGGGCGGUAGGCGCAGUGCUGCUCGACCCGGCGACCCGUGGCUCACCCCUCACCUCCCUCCGCCGCUGCAUGGUGGCUCGGGACGCCUUCGCGCUGGCGGAGCCCGCCACGGCUCAGGCGCUUCGAGAGGUCAUUUCGGGCCCCUCGAGUACAGUGCCAUCUGGGGCUGCUACAGCUGCUGUUGCACACAAGCUACGAGAACUGCUAGGUGGGGAACCUGUUGAGGUGGAUGUGGCUGCUCCGCUGGCCGCACAAGGCCUCGGAGCACUCACGGACUGGGUGGCGGUGUUCCGAGUAUGCCAAGCUUUCGAGGUGUGGAGCGAACACGGGUCAUGGGUGAGCGCCAACGACCCGCGGUUCGGUCCUGGCACCCGCGAGCGUUUCACCAUGGCGGCAGCCAUCACAAAAGAGGAGCUGGCCUCUGCGGACGCCCAGCGCUCCCUCAUCCGCGCCCACCUGCACUCGCUGCUGGGCUCGGACGGGGUGCUGCUGCUGCCCACCGCACCGGGACCCGCACCGUUCAUCAACGCACCGCCGGCCCUGGUGGACCAGUGGCGCUCCCGCCUCAUCAGCCUCACCUCCCUGGCCGGCCUAGCGGGGCUGCCGCAGCUCACCCUGCCCCUGGCCAGGGUGCGCAGCAGCAUGCAGGGAGAGGAGGGGCAGGGCCCGGCGGAGGAGGAGGGGCAGCAGGGGCUGCUGCCGGUGGGUCUGAGCCUGAUAGGGCCCCCGGGCAGUGACGAGGCCCUGCUUGAGCUGGCGGAGCAGCUCAUGGCGGCAUGACAGGCCCUUGGAUGACGUGCCUGGACAUGCAUGGCAGCAGCAGCAAGAAGGACGGCACGGUUAACGGAGCGGAGGGCCAUGUGCAUUGAGCAGUUGGUGCGCAGUUUACGUAUGUACGACGGUGUUGGCAACAGCACCGUUAUCUGGGUGUGGUCCAGAGGGUGGUGGCACCGGGAAAGAGUGGCAGCAUGGAAUCAGCAGCAGUUGUGACCCAGCCCAGUCCCUGAUAUCUAUACCUGGGAGGCUACAGGAAGGUUCUGUGUGGUGGAAUACCAGGCUGGAGCACCCUCCCGGGUAGCUAUCGCCAGCAGCAGCAGCGGCGGCAGUAGCGUGCUGUGCUGCGUGCAUUGGUAACAGCAGUGCGCCUGCUGGGCAGCUCACGGCGGCGGAUAUCAGCAGAAGUGCAUGAGAGGUGGCCUACGUGAGCCGCAACAGGCUUUUAACAGCCACAGCAGCGACAUCAGUGGUAGCAGCGACCAGGCAGUAGUGAUUAAGGGCUUUCGUUAUUAGUGCGACACGUCUGCAUGUGUGUGUCGUUGGGGUUGAAGUGUUGAUACUGUGGGCGCAGUAAGUUCUGUGCAGUACGGCGUGGAUGCGCAAGGAUGUAGGACAGCGGUUGCUGCCCUUGCAUGCGCGCCGGUAGCGUUGCCAUUGUUAUUAUUGUUGCCCGAUAGGCGAUCUUAUGGCGCGACCGGCUUUGGUAGGUACUCCAUUGCCCGGAUUGCAGGAGCCAUGUUGUUGCGGCAGUCACAGGAUUGAGGUUGGCUAUAAGCCCGGUUGGCAACGGCUCGGAUCGGUACAGCAGUCACUCAUCAUAUACUAAACGGUCUCAGCCGGUGGCAACAACCUUAAGAGCUUGGCGCCGUUGUUGGCACUCGGUAGUUUCUUCCCGACGCCCCGCAGCUGCACGAGCACCGCCCGGGCGUGGAGGAGGUCUUCUUCGUCAAGUGCGUGCAGAACAGCAGCAACGGAAAGCUCAACUUCGUGGUGGAGGGAUUUUGUGUACCGGUACUGCAAGGGCAAGCUCAUUGACGCAGGCAUGCAGCUGGCGAAAGAGAGGGUGUCAGGUGGAGCGCCGGUGGGCGGUAAGCCAGAACCCUGGUAGAGGCAGUCAUACAUGCGUGCUGACGCAAAGCAGGGCUCAUGCACGCUGUGGGUGCAAUUAAUGGUGGCCAGCGCCUUGCUUGUAACACAAAGCCA